UGCGAACUAAAAAAGCCGAGUAUUUCGUAAAUUUCUUCUUCUCCUGUAAAAAGGGAUUAUUUGAUUUAACAAUUAAUUCCCAAAUUUAUUUACUUUGUCCGAAGCAAAUUGGAUAGUUAUUGAUAUUUCUCAGCAUAGCAAAAAAUAAAAUAUGUUGCGAAACAACCAAUAUAACAUAUCCCGUUUGUUGUGUCAAAUUAAUGUGGUUGUGCAAAGGACGUACGUGUCCAAGAUUCGAAGAACCAGGAUGUCCGUGAACACAAAGACCGAGUUGUCAGUCCAAACUUCGCCGGAAUGUAAUAACGGAUCAGAUGUGCACUUUGAGGAGCCAAUAAAUGCUUAUUUUUUAAAGUGUCAAAUAGGCUCUCAUCAUCGCAGAUGGAGUGGUGUCCUAGAGCAGCAUCCCGAAUUGAAAACAGUAAAGCGGCAAGAUGCAGCUAACACGGUCAAUGCUUUGAAAAAGCUAAAUUUUGAUAUCGAAGCAAUAAUCACAAAACCUUUAAUUCUUUGUCAAAAUGCCCUGACAAUUGAGAAUCGCUAUGAAGUUCUCCAUGAGUGUGGGUUUCAACCCAUCACUCUGACGAUGCUAACAAAAUUCGUUACUGUUAUAAAUAAAACUGUUUCUAUGCUAAAAUCCUAUGGAUAUAUUCCCUUGGAAGUGAACAUAUUGGAAAACUUAUGUAAUUGUUUCAGUAACGCGGAGAUAUCUGUUAAAAAUUUCAAAGACUUAAACGACGGUAUGCAAAUAAAAUACUUGCGCGAAUGCAUACUUAACGCCUAUCUGAAACAACGGUUGGAUAUGAAUGAAGAUGAUAUUAAAAAACUAUGGCGAGUAUAUCACCGUGUUCGUCACCGCAGCUUCAAAUCCGUGCAAUCAGUAGUGCAGGUGCUACUCGAAGAGUUGGAAUUUCCAAAAAUGCGCAUAAUAAAGAAUGCUUUCUUACUACAUGGCGAUGCUGAAAAUAUUCGGCGCAUAAUUAAUGAAAUCCCAAGCAUAGAUGGACAUGAUAUACGUGAUAUUGCCUACCGUCGUCCAAAGGUUUUGAUGUCGUCAUGUGAUGGAUUGCUGAAAACACUGGAAUAUGUAAAAGCGUAUGGCAUAAGUGAAUCAGCAGUGACAAAGUGUUUGGAAAUACUCACACUUGGAUCAAAUACAGUAUUGGAACGACUGAAAGACUUGCACGCCAUAGAAGAAUUCAAGGUGUUAGGCACUAACCCGCGUGUGCUCCGCCUCGUUCAUUACCAAAACAAGGCUCGUUUGCGCCUUGAGUACUUGAAUCAACUGAAAAUGCGCUGUGCUUCUCUACACAUAUUGUCAGGCGGCUCUGAAAAAUUUGCAAAGUUUGCGCGUGAAGGUACAGAUCACACAAAGGGUCGUGAUGUGGUAGUAUAUUUGGCAAAUAUCUUAAAAAAAGAUGAAAAUGAUUUACGGGCUUUACUUGCAAGGCAUCCAAACUGGUGUCACAUACCAGUUCUCCACGUAAAACAGUGUUUAGAUUUUUUGCGCUCCAAAAAAUUUAAAAUCUCUGCAAUUUAUGAAAAUGUACACCUGCUUUUAUACCCCAUACAACGCAUUGAAGAAAAGCUUAUGCAACUACAAACCCCAGAAUUUCUUGAGGAACUACAAAUGCCUGUGAAAAGCAUUCUUUAUUUGGACAACAACGAACUGCUCACACUCAUUCUCUACUUGAUCGAAAGCGAAUUUCACUUUACGGGAGAUGGCAUUUGGACAGAACAACAAACUCAACCUGUUGAGAAUUUUAAUAACUUACUCCCGGAUUUUCCGGAAGGUGUAAAAAAAGUUUACAAAUACGGAAUGAAGCCCAGUGGGACCAACAAUACUGCAGUUUGCAGAGCUGAUACGAUUUUUGCACGGAACUGAUUAUGAUAAACAUUUUACAUCCAAAUUAUUGUUCAUACCAGUAAUUCAAACUUGCACAAUACAUUAUGAAAGAGAAAUUAAUUUAAAUAUAUUACAUACCUUAAUAGCUAGAGAUAAUAAAUUCUUCCAAGUCCGUAUAUGCUGCAUAAUGCAACUACAUUUGUAUACUUUGAAA